CACCUUGGUCCAGCCACGUAGUCUGACUGUUUCAGGUACCAGGAAGCCCUGCUGGUCAAGUUAUGCGCUGCUUCCAGGUUCCACCACCAAAGAUGGCGUUCCCCAGGCACGGUGGCGGACUGUACUGGAAAAAUACAAUUUAAUUCGGGAGAUGGUCUUCAACAGUCAGCGUGUGAUUCAAGACACACGCAUUCAGCUGGCAGAUAUAAACCAGCGCACCUUGACAGCUUGGUUCAGUGCUCGUGGAAAGCUCAGGGAGAGGACCUUGCUCGAACAGGGACUCGCCCUUCAUACGGUUCCACUGGUAGCACCCGAGUCUCUGCCAGCGCCCAUGAAAAGGCCAGUUGCCUUGGAGAUGGGAACAACUGACCCAAACAAGUUCCCCAUCGGCAUCCAGAGCAGCACUAAAGGCGAGCUAACCAGAGUGCGAAGAAGAAUUCUUCCACCAGAAGUGUGCAAGCCAGAAGUGCCUGUGCCUGUGCCAAUUGCACCAGCGCCAACUGUGCAAUUUGUGACUGCUCCCGCCCCUGACCUGGCACCGACAUCGUCAAUUUCAGCCCCAGCUGAACCUCACCUGCCGUACUCAACCAAGCACUACAGGAAGAGGAAGCUGGAGGCUGAGCAGGCAGGGGAGUUCCGGAGACAGUACAACAAGAAGCUGCCAUACAGCAGCUGCAAUAAAUGUUUCGAGGACAGGAACACAGGAGGACAUAAACAGUAUUACGGACAUUGGUGGUGUCCCUUUAAGUCCUCGGAAACUUAUGAGGAGUGGAUAAAUGCCCUUAAGUUGAAGGGCUAUGGAAAAAAGAAAACUGGAUAAAUUAAAACAUGAACAGUUAGACAAACAUCACAUUUUUUCAAUAUCUGGACUAAAUAACGUUCUCACACAGUGCUUUUUGACUAUUAACAACAAAAGGGUUAACAUCAACUAAAGUAACAAUGAAAAAAACAUUCUGAAUGCUGCUUAGCUUUUAUUGAGUAUUACUCACUGAUUUAUGCAUUCGUGUUUUGCUUAUAUAAAAGCUAGAAGGUCCCAAGCCCUUAUGGUACAUGUCACAAGUGAAGUGACAUCUGCCUUGAAAAGCAGAGGGAGAAUGAAUUGUGUUUAUUAAGCUAAAAAACAUGCAUUUAGACUUUCUUGUAUCAAUACUUUUGUAAUUAUUUAAUAAAGUUGACAUAUACUUGUAAUUAAUAUUGCUGUUAAUGGGAACAUUCUCAUAGUGUAAGCAAACACACCUUUCCAUAUGGAGAGGAAA